GUGUACCCCAUUAAAAUGGCGGAGAGAGAUAGGGAGGAGUUGUCCGCCUCUUUCAGCCGCCUCCUGAGAACCUUGAGCUCGGCUUCGAUGAGCAGACGACCCCUCUGUCCACCCCUCUCCCUCCUGCAUCCUUUGCCCGUUCACCAGAAUGAGAUGGAAAGCACUGAGAGCACGGAAAGAUGCUGCAGCAGCUGCAGCGACGAAAGCAAUAACAAUGGCGAAGAGAGGGAAACGGAACCAGGGGAGCUGGAAUCCAAAGAGGAGGGCGGAGAGGGAGAACAAGAUGAGCUGGAGCUCAAAAGAGACAGCACCGUUAAUGUGAAUGUGGUGAGAGCCAACUUCAAAUGCAAUGACAUGGAAUGCUCUCUAGUUCUCGGCGACUACGUAAAUGGCUUCCUUGGCAGUUUCCUAUCGAAGGGCCUGAAGACCAAUCAGCUGGUUGUGAAUACGGAUGAAAAGACCCUGCGACCGGUUGCACGUCUGAAGGAACCGCGCGAUCUCUUCGCCCUGCCGAAGGACAAGGACAAUGACUGCUCACAGCAGGCCCCCAGAUGGCCGGUGGAAUGCCAGGUCAUCGAGGAGCGCAUCACACACAUUCCGUACGUGCCCGCUACGCCGGAGCCGCUUAACGCUCCAACGGGAAACGAGCUGAAGCCACGCCCCGUGGGCGAGGAGAACGGCAUCGUCGUGUUCAGCUACAGUCCAAUUAGCGCCGUUAACUACGAAAAGCCCAAGGCGAAGAAGGAGGAGGAUGAGUCCAGUGACGAAUCGGACUAUUCCUCGGAUUCCCGCCAGGACUCUACGCCCCCGAGUAGGGCCACGCCCAUGCGUCUGGCGGGGGGCGGUGGGUGUGCCCGUGGCAAGCUGAACAGCGUGUCCAAGAUGAUCAACAACGUGGAUAAUCGGUCCACGAGUGCGUCCCUAGACGACAACGAUGACUACUACGAUGAUGAGUACGAUACCUCAGGCGGUGGUGGAGGUGGUAGUGGUGAGGCCAAGGAAAAGGCAAUCAUCAAGGAUCUCAUCGAGGCGAAGAAGAAACGCUACCAGGAGGAGGCGGCCACGGGCACUCCCGGCGGUGGAACAGCCCGUAACUCGAGGGCACCCAGCCGCUCCGAGGCCAGCAAGGAUCCCAGCGAUAUCGAUGAUAUCUGGAAGAACAACACCAGCGAAUACAAGCCCGCCUCGCCCCGCUAUGUCCUCAGUCAGUUUGGAAAGAACGUGGCCAAGGCCGUGAUCGACAGGAUCGUGGAUUAUGAUGAUCCCGCGAUGGCCAAUGGCGCCAUCCCGCCAUCGGGAUCCCAAAAGGUAUCGAACAAGUUCGCCAUAACCCCCAUCAAGUUGCCCAAAACGAAUAUAGCCCGCUUAGAGGUGGCCUUCGAGCGAAGUGCCCGCCAAGAUCGAACCACUGCAGUGGCUCCCAAAUCGCAUUCCGAACGGGUGAUCAAGAGUGUGGCGGUGGUGCAUGGUCAGCGUACCGGGGACAGCACGUCCUCCGAGGACACCAGUAGCUCCGGCCUCGGGGAGGAGGAGGAGUAUGAGUUCGAUUCGGACACGGAGGAUUCGGGCAGCGGCGAUGCCCUGCGUAGAACCGCAAGAAGCAAUUCCGCUCGGCUCGCUGGUGGCGCCGAGAAGCGUCCUUGUCCCGGUUCCGGUUCCGUUUCGGAUACCGAAACGCUGGUGGGAGACGAGAGCAGGAGCAGACUGGCCGGCUCCGGUGAUCCGCAGCAACAGGCCUACGUGCGGUCGAGAAGCCGCCAGUCGCAAGUGAGGCUGCCGUUCCGGGCGGUACCCCACACCCAUGCUGCCACAGUGGCAGCGGCGGCGGCGUCGGCAGCGGCGCUCGCCAGAGGGCGCCACCGCGACAAGGACGGUUGUCUGAGCGGCAAGGACGAAUCCUCAAAGGGGGGCUUCUAUGAUAUGUCAAUGGGAAUGGGAGCGAUCACCACUGGCACCUCGAUGGGCACCACGCGCACCUCAUCUCCGGUCGGGAACAACGUCUUCCGGCUGAGCAAGGAUCAGCAGCAACAGCUGCUGCAUUCGAUGGCCAGCCGGGAGACGACCGACACCCUAAACUCCACAAGUACUAAUCAGAUGACGACGACGACCACCACCUCGUCGCAAUCCUUUCCAUGCUCCGAUUUUCCCCAAGCGCAGUUCAGCCGAUCAGCCGUCGGUGGUGCCCGUUUCGUGACCAAUUGCCACCCAAUGAAUCCCGAGGAGUACGACGGCCUGGAGUUCGAAUCGCGCUUCGAGAGCGGCAAUCUGGCCAAGGCGGUCCAAAUCACGCCCACCUACUAUGAGCUCUACCUGCGACCCGAUCUCUACACCAGCCGGUCCAAGCAGUGGUUCUACUUCCGGGUCCGGCGCACCAGGCGCAAGAUGCUCUACCGCUUCUCGAUCGUCAAUCUGGUCAAGUCGGACAGCCUAUACAACGACGGGAUGCAGCCGGUCAUGUACUCCACGCUGGGCGCCAAGGACAAGAGUGAGGGCUGGCGAAGAUGCGGGGACAAUAUAUGCUACUACCGGAACGACGAUGAGAGUGCCAGCAAUAGCGCAAACGAGGACGACGAGGACAACUCGACGUACACGCUGACCUUCACCAUCGAGUUCGAGCAAGAUGAUGAUACCGUGUUCUUCGCACACAGCUACCCGUACACCUACAGCGACCUGCAGGACUACCUCAUGGAGAUCCAGCGCCAUCCGGUCAAGUCGAAGUUCUGCAAGCUGCGCCUGCUGUGCCGCACUUUGGCGGGCAACAAUGUCUACUAUCUGACGGUGACGGCACCCUCCUCCAACGAGGAGAACAUGCGUCGAAAAAAAUCGAUCGUAGUAUCGGCGCGAGUGCAUCCCAGUGAGACACCUGCUUCGUGGAUGAUGAAGGGUCUGAUGGACUUCAUCACGGGUGAUACAACGGUGGCCAAGCGGCUGCGGCACAAGUUCAUUUUCAAGCUAGUGCCGAUGCUGAAUCCGGACGGAGUCAUUGUGGGCAACACUCGGAACUCGCUGACCGGCAAGGACCUCAACCGCCAGUACCGCACAGUCAUCCGCGAGACAUAUCCAUCCAUUUGGUAUACCAAAGCCAUGAUUAGAAGACUGAUUGAGGAAUGCGGCGUGGCCAUGUACUGUGAUAUGCACGCUCACUCACGCAAGCACAACAUAUUCAUAUAUGGCUGUGAGAACAAACGCAACCCGGAGAAGAAGCUCACCGAGCAGGUCUUUCCGCUGAUGCUGCAUAAGAACAGUGCGGAUAGGUUCUCCUUUGAGAGCUGCAAGUUCAAGAUCCAGCGCAGCAAGGAGGGCACCGGACGCAUCGUGGUCUGGAUGCUGGGCAUCACCAACAGUUAUACGAUCGAGGCGUCCUUUGGUGGAUCCUCGCUGGGAUCACGCAAGGGGACGCACUUCAACACGCAGGAUUACGAGCACAUGGGACGAGCAUUUUGUGAGACACUUUUGGACUACUGCGAUGAGAAUCCGAACAAAGUAAAGCGGCACGCAAAGUUGUUUAAACAAAUCAAAAAGAUAAGAAAACGCGAGAAACGUGAACAGAAAGCAUUGAAAUUACAGAAAAUGGCCGAUCAGAUUUUAAAUUUACUCAAACAACAGGACAGGCUACGAUCCAAAAUUAUCGAAAGACUGAUGCGAGAAGGCUCCAGUGCCGACGAGCCAUUGAAUAUCCCUUUGUCGGAUUACUCAAGCGACGAGGGCAACUGUAGUUCUAGUUCGGAUAACGAGGGCAAGCACUCGAUAACGGCUUCCGAUCUGGAGGGCCCAUGUUGUGCCCCAACCAGAGCACCGCCCAGUUCGCCGGAGGUGAUCCACGAAAUCCGCAAGUUUCGCAUGCGACGCAUGCGCAAGGUGAUGCACGAGCUGGACAGGAUCUACUUCACGCCGCUGUUCCAGCGAAAGUUCAAAACGCUGACCACGCUGAAGAGAAGGCGUCACAAGAUGGGUGGCAAGGCGACUCCGAAUGGGAAACGCCUGCGAGGAGGAGGAGCAGGUAGUGGUGUUGGUGUUGGUAGUAACGCCAUCGGCGAUGCCACACCCACGCCCACAACUGCCGCCCAAGCAGGAGGAUCGCUCAUGGAGAACACUACUGCAUCUCAACAGCAGAAUUCCACCAGGCAGCUUGCCAAAAAGCCGCCGAUCAAGAAGGGCCAAACGACUGGAGCUCAGAGUUCGGAUAGUACUGAUAGCCUGGACUCCUCGCAAUCGGAAUCCUUCCGGGAUCCUGAUUGCUCCAGUGCCAGCACUGGAACGUCCAAAGAGGUCAAACGAAAGGUCAAGGCCAACAGCGCAGGCGCAGGCGGUGGGGCCAAGAAAACGGGCAAAAAGAAAAAGUUCAUGCCCACGGAAAAGAAGAAGCAGGUGGUAAAUCAGAAACUGCACGUUGAUCGCAAUUUCCGGCUGUGGCUGGCCAACCGACGCAUCUACAUCUACCGCCGCAAGAAGGUAUACGCAAUAGCGUGUCUGCCUAAAGAAUCCACGCAGGCGCGUCGCACCAAGGUGAGAAGCAAGCCUCCGAAGAAACGUGGCGAGGUGGUGCGCACCACUCUGGACUUGCCCACGACGGAUCCUGGCUCGGAUCUGCAUUUCUCCACCGACGACGAGGAGCACUCGCCGACGACCGGACAAAAUGGUUACGGUGCAGUGGCUCCGCUCCGACACACACUGCUCCAGAGCGAUCUGCAGCGGCGGUACAUCGAGGAGAUUGGCGACACUGUGGUCCAGAAGCCAAAGCCGGCCCACAUGCCGCCGGAACUGAUUGUGACCACGCCCUCGAAGAGCGGCACUCCGGGCGGUGGCAAGAAACUAGAUGUCUACAAGUUGACACCGCGCACCGCCCCUGAAUUGGACACCGGUGGCCAUCACAUGGCCAUGAUGCAACGGCAACCCGGCGGAGCUGGCACGUCCGCCAGACGCACCUACUCGUGGCACAAUCUCGAUCAACAGGAAAUACCCAGUGGCAGCGGUGGUCAGGGCAAGGCUAACUUCUACAUGGGUGAAUCCAAGCCCGCGAUGAAGGCAAUGGCCAAGCCGCCGCCCAGAAGGAGUGUCCCGAGCAACUUCAUCCCCCAGAGGCAUGGCAAUGUGCAAACAGCAGAUGACCUACAGCUCAAGCUCUCACUGAAGAAAAAAGUAUGGACAGGAGCGCAUGGGGAUGCGGAUGGACGUCCACUGGCCUGGUACAAGGGUCACUCGAUAGCAGGAUCUCAAAUGGCCAACACUGCGACGGCCAUACGAAGUGCAGGCGGCGGUGGAGGAGGAGGAGGUGGUGCUGCAGGAGCAGGAGGUGGAGUAGGAGCAGGUGGAAGUGGCCAUAACCGAGCCAUGUUCACAACCAAUGGCAGGGAGGCGCCAGCUGCAUCCGGUGGUAUCGCAAUUGGCGUGCCACCCUCUUUUAUCGGAGCACCACGCAGGCCGAGGAAACUGGAGCAAGUGGAUCUGUUCAAUGCCUGUUCCCAGAAGCUGCUCCUGUGGCAGCAACAGGAAGAGCACAAGCGUUCCCAGCCGCAGCCGGCGCAGCGCUUAAUGAAGGUGGAGGACUCGCAGCAACAGCCGCCACAUUCGAGGGAUCGGGAUCGAGAACGCGAUCGGGAGCAGCAUGCUUUUAAGCCCUUGCACAUGGCAAAGAAGUCGGCGGGGACGAGCCAGAGCAAAGUCAUCCAGGCUUUGGUGGCAGGCGACUCCGGCGGGAAGGUAAAGCGCAGGUCCAGCAGCAUGAUGAAGAUUGCGGAAACCACGCAGCUGGUGACACGAUUCGCUCGGAGUCGCAACAGUGCCGGUGGAUCCGCAGUGCAGCAGCAACUGCAGCAGCAACAGAUGCACCAGCAGCACCAGCGGAUGAUGUUCAAGGGUCAGGUUGGAGCCGGAUCCAUGAGCGGUCGAAUGCACUCCGCCGGGGUCAUGGGUCACAUGCAAAGCAAUGGCGGCGGAGGUCGUGCUCCGAACAAAUUCAAGACCGGCGGCCUGGUCAUCACGGCCGUGCAACAGCCAACCAAUAUGCCAGGUGGCAGCUCACGCCGGAUGAGGAAUGCGGCCGGAUUGCAGACCAAAAGCAGCACGGGCGCCUUGGGAUCAUCCUCCGGGCAAAUGCAGUACCAGAGAAGCAAUGGCAAUGUCCAGGCCAACAAAUCCUCAACUGGAAUCUCGCUGGACACCGUUAAUCUAGUCCGGAAGGUGAAGACCAAGCUGAAGAAGCGCAAAUCCCGCACAUUAUCCAAUGGAGCACCGAAACAGUAGGGUUCUCCAGAUCCUCCUCCGUAUUACGCAGAGAUUCCAUGCCACAGAUCCAUGCAAUAUCCUUCCAAGCAAAUGGGGAAAACCCCAUUUUUCGUUCCAAAUUUUAGUCGAAUUCCGAUCCCCUACCAUCUUCAAGAUUGUUACACAAAAAACGAUAAGGAAAUGAUUAGCAAAAUUAACUAAAUAAUUCAUAUCUCUCUAUAGACAUGUGCCUAUGUAAUCCCAAUCUCUGUACCUACAGUUAAUCCCUAAAAUAAUGUUGAAAGUCCUAGUGUG